AAAGAAAUGGUGCACUUGUUUUAUGGCAUCAUCCGUGAUAGGUGGUGCGUGGUCCUUCAUAAGCAAGGACGAUUUCUUGUGAAUUAUGUCUGAUCGCAUAUAAAAGGAAUCAUACAAACAAAACAGAACAAAAAAAAAAAACAAGGACGAUCCCAAACACACAUAUGGAUGAUAUGAGUUUCAACCAAAUAUCACAUAUAGGUGAAUGUGUGUGUCGGUCGCGGUACCUGUGAUUUUUUUUUUGUGUGUGCUACCUGUCGUCUCAGGUGAUUAUACACCUGUAAAGUGUGUUUAUUUCACUGAUUCAGUUAUAGUCAAGAUGUAAAGAUCGGUUAAUUAGUGCGGACACAGUCUUUCGUUGAAUAAUGAUGUGAACGGUACUUGAAUUUGAAAAAAUAUUACAAUAUUAUUUAUUUUAAAUAAUAAUUUUAUAUGGAAAAAUAAAAAAAGUGAAUAAAUAAUAAUAAAUGUGAAAUAAAUAGAAAAUGACGUGUGCAAUAUUGUCAAACAACAACAACAAAAAAAAAACAUAUGAGUGAUUAUUAGAAUAAAAAUAAACAAAAUAAAAAAAAAAUUAAAAUAAGAACAUUUGGAAUUGGAUAAACAAAGCAAACACAACGCAAAAAAGGAUAUGACUUAGAAAAGACGAGAUCAUAAACCUUUAAAUAAAAAAAGAUACACUUUUAGCGCUGGUGGGGAACUCAUCCAUCGCACCGCAACGUAUGAGUAACAGCAGAGGCGUCAAGAGGACACCGACGACGAAAAAUCAAGGCAAUUGUUACUCCUCACAAGGACACUUUAAGUGAGUGUGAAUCUCGGAAGCGCAGCAAAGAAUAUUAAAGCAGAAUCCCACAAAAAAAAAUAAAUAUAAACGAAGACUUCUCUGUCAAGAGUAAAAGAUUUCAUUUGAAUGUUAAACGACUCCGGAGGCGUGGAAGCACGACAACGAAAACGAAGAAGAACGAUAUUAACAACGACAACAACGACGACGACUAUUAUCGCCCCCACAAUGACGACAAACAACAACGCAAGCAAUCAGGACCACUACAGUCUGCGAUGGAACAACCAUCAAAAUCACAUCCUUAGAGCUUUCGACGCACUCCUGCAAACGAAGGCUCUGGUCGAUGUAACGCUCGUGUGUGCCGAGACCAGCAUUCGGGCACACAAAAUGGUCCUUUCUGCCUGCUCACCGUUUUUCGCGCGAGUUUUCGCCGAAACACCCUGCAAACAUCCGGUCAUAGUUUUGAAGGACUUCCGGGGAUGGGUUGUGCAAGCCAUUGUGGAUUUUAUGUACCGCGGUGAGAUAAGCGUUCCCCAGGAACGUCUUCAGACGCUCAUUCAAGCUGGUGAGUCCUUGCAAGUUCGGGGACUGGUGGAAAGUUCAGUUCCCGAGACUACACCGACACCAGCUGCAUCACCUGAUGACUUUGGAAUGAUCGAUACGUCCCUGAUGUCAUCGGAACUGGAACGCUGUUCCAGCUUCGAUGAUGAGUCACCUUCUAUGGUGACGUCUGGUUCAAAAAUUAUCCUGCCAUCCCGCCUCUUUGCAUCGUCAUCGUCUCACAACGAGAACAAUGUCCUCAACACAUCGACAGGGUCACAGCCGGAAUUAUGUACAUCACCGAUGCCCCGGAGAAAGCAGGCGAGACCUCGUCGACGGUCGGGGGAAUGUCCUCCCCAUGAGGAGAGCAAACCUUCGACACCAACUCCCAUGGAGGAACAACCCGCCACAGCAGUUAUUAAAAGCGAAGAGGAACCCUUGGAGAAUGAGAACGAGGAGAUCAAGGAAGAUGAGGAAGAGCAUUUGAACCCACCAGAACGACCAGAAUCCAGUUUAAAUGGUGAUGCAGAUGCAGAAGAUGAAAUUGAACAACAACCCGAGAUGAAAGAAGAUGAUGAUGAAAUUCAAAAAAGGGAUAAUGAAAGUCCUGCCGAAGGACCAGAAGACCUUUGCACGAAAAAAGACUCAAUUGGCAGUACCAUCACUGAUCCUGCCCUAAUCGAUGAAACCAACAACAUCAUCAACAAUAACAACAACAAUAAUAAUAACAACAACAACAAUACGAAUAAACUCAAUAACAAUCGAAUAGUCCUGUCACUGAAGGACAUUCGUCAAUUAAACAAACCACCAUCAAUUGGUCGAAGUAGUCAUCCCUUUCCACCGAACUUGAGAGACCUCGAUGCACAAAUGCAAGCAGCUGCAGCGGAUUUUCACAUGGAUCAAAUGGAUUUAUCGUUAGCGGCUGCUGCAGCGGCGGCAGCAGCACAACAUCAUCAAAAUCGACAGGAGCAACAACAUCAACAUAUGCAUCAUCAGCAACAACAGCAGCAACAGCAGCAGCAUGCUCAGCAACAACAUCAAGCCCAGCAACAACAAGCGCAACAUCAAUCGUAUGCUAAUAGUUUGUUGGGGCAAAUGGGAAUGCAAGGACUUCAUCCACCAGGACAAUUUGGUCAUGAACGAAUGGAAGACAGUAUGAAUCGUAUGAGUAAGGAAUUUACACCGAGUUCACCGAUGAGCCUGCCAUCGCAUUUCAAUCCACCUGAUGGACCGCCACAUCCACCGUCACCGCUGCCCUUUCCUGGUAUGUCGUCGGCGUUGACAUUAACGCCGCCACACAUGUUCGGAUUGGAUUCCCCACUAGGACUUUUCCCGCCUGGAAUUGAUCCUGGUAAGCUUUAUAACCCGCUCAUGGAAAUGUCCGACCCACGAGGACUAGGAGGAGAUCAUCCGCCAUUUCUCAAAAAGAAAAUGUCCCGCCCAAAAGGACAACAUUCAGCCCCCCGAGGUGGACCACCACGAUCUUGGACCAAUGCUGAAUUGACCGAAGCUCUCCAACACGUGUGGAAUAAAAAGAUGACAACCAGCCAAGCAUCAAGAAUCUUUGGAAUUCCCUACAAUUCCCUACUGAUGUAUGUCCGUGGUAAAUACGGCAAGAGUCUCAAACUAGAGCAACUGCGAAAGGACUGCAUUAGUGGGCCGCCAGUUGAACUUUUACAAAUGGGACUGAAUAACAAUGGUGGAAGUGGUGGCGGUGGAGGAGGCAGUGGUGGAGGUGGCUCAAGUGGUGGUAAUAGUGGGAGCAAAAAUCAGGAUUCAAAUCGCAGUAAAGACUCCCGAGACAUGGACUGCGGUGGAAAUGGAGGCAAUGGACCUCCAGGAGGUCCAAUGGGUCCACGGAGUUCCAGCUCCGAGCCAGACUUAUUAUCCGGUCCCAAUUCAAUAUUCAAUCCAUUCCAACAAGGAUUCUACCCUGACUUUCCGGGUGGUUUCCCAGGUCUCCCACUUGGCAUGUUGAAUCUCCUCCCGCCCGAAAGACACCAACAAUCAGCAGCAGCUGCGGCUGCUGCUGCUGCCAUGCAUAUGGCAAUCGAUGAAGACUGCAAAUCCGAUCGAUCGAAGCAAUCAAUGGACGAUGAAUUUCCACAGCCAUUAGCACUGAAUCGUGACGAACGUCGAGAGCUGACGCAACAAAAUGGGCAGGAUUGAAAUUUUUGGCAAGAUUGGGCAACAAACCCGAUCUUUUUCCCUCCUGCCGAACCACCGCCAGCGUCGAAUAGUUUUAGACAAUUCAAUCAAAAUCUCCUCAACGAGCGACGUAGAUUAAAGCGUUUUCGUCGAAAACGACGAAUGGAAGCUGCUGCUGCUGCAGUGCCUCCAGCUGUAAUUAGAACAUAGAUUUAAAUAAAAAAUUAAAUCUAUUUACAUUUAAAGAAAACAAAAAAAAAAAAUACUUAGUUGAAUCUCAUCAUCUGUGAAGAGGCACAUACAAACAAUUUGGCAAUAUUUUUAAAUAUUUUUAAUCUUUUGAAUCAAUUUGAAUUUUCAUGUUUUUUUUUAUGUUAUGUUUAAAAUUGAACUUAAAUUUGAUUUUUUUUUUAACUUUUGCUUGUAUUUUAACAUUUUUUUGUGUUUAAUGUUGAUUUAAAAAAAAUAUUUAUAUUUACAAAUUUAUUUUUCUUGGUGCUUUUAGUUCCUAUAUAUA